CUCUAUUAUAUGCAUUUAUUCAAGGUAAAAGCCGACUGGGUAAACAACUGUGAGUAGCAUACUUAAGAUAAGUAAACGCUUCGAAAGCCAAACAUGGCAGACCAAUCGUUCAUCGAAAAACAAAGCGAUGGAGAUGGAGCAAGGGUCGUUGGCGUCUCCUACAAGAUUCGUAAGAUUGGCUUUCCAGUAGCCGUAGUGUUAUGCGUUCUGUUGCUCGUUGUCUGCGUUGUGCUUGCCGUACUCUAUUCUCAAAAAGUUACUAAAACUACAAUAACUUCUAAAGAACCUGACUUCGAAAUCUGUGAUGAAGAACGCUGUUUUCGUCUUGGAAUGGAACUGGUCAAUAAUAUGGAUAAAAAGAUCGAUCCCUGCAAAGACUUCUACGCCUAUGCUUGUCAAGGAUGGGAAAACAAAAACCCGACGAAGAAUGGCUCCAUCCAUCCAAUCUCGACGACCCCAUCGUUAGGUGAAGACGACUACACUACUUUAAAGAAAGCCCUUGAAAUAGCAACGGCUAACUACUCUCAG